AGACUUUCAGUGUCUUUCUCUCAGGCUGAAGACAUCUUUCAAGAUGAAGCUUGCUGUGUUUGCCUCACUGCUGAUGAUUUUACCCUUCCAGGCUGUAGCUGGGUCAUGUGUGGGUAAACGAGUAGACGUGUGGGUGAUAAGCGGCCAUGAUCUUACAGGGGAUGGACUUCAGGACCCAGAUCCCUAUGUUAAGGUGACAAUCGGCAGCGAGACCAAACACACCAAAACCAUCUAUGGAAAUGCGUACCCAGUUUGGUAUGAGAAGCUGCAGUUCAAAAAGGCUAGCAGCGAUAUGAUGAAAAUAGAUGUCUGGGAGGCUGACGAGGGUCUUCGUGGGGAUGAUGACCACUUGGGAACCUGCAUGGAGCAGCUGAAGUCAGGGGGAAAACAGUGGCACAAAAUAGUGUGCACGACAACCAAUGAUGGUACAGUCAAGCUGUUUUACAAGUGCUUCUAAGUGUAACCUACUCUCAAAGAAGAGGACAUAAUGCAUUAUGGAGAAUAACACAUUUGUCUGUUGUCAGGGAAAUAACAUGUUCAUUUCUUUGUUUUCAUUGUUCAUUGUUUUUGGUUUAUUUUAAAUUGAUGCUUAUAUUGAAAAACUUCUUGAUCACAUCUCUAAAGAAACAAAUCAUUUUGUCAUUGUAAUUUAUGUUAAGAAAUGUCUCUCUGAACUAUUGGCUGCAGCAGCUCAGUAGCCUAUGUGCUGUGAAAAUAUUAUUAACUUUAUUAUUUGGGAGAUAAAAUUGUUUUAAAGGAAACUGAUGAAUGGAUAAAAUCAAACCUUGAAUGAA